AUGGCCAGCUCUUCAGCAUGGAAGGAUCAACUGAAGUCCGUGGAAGGUACAUAUCAUGUGUUGUACAAGCUCUUGAACCCUGGCGAUAUUGCUCUUCCUGCUACUGAUGGACUGGAUUCGACUGCUAUACACCAAUUCUUCAACAAUUACUGCAGAGGUGACGAUGACUAUUACAAAAUUGCCCCUAAGCAGUCUCAGCUGCUUGGGGUACCCUAUCCAACGUACAUUUCCAGCGUUUUCAUACACCAAGCGGUUGCUGCGAACGGAAGCUACGAAUGGCACAAGCACAGGAAUCGACCUUACAAUGAUUAUCGCUUGAAGGGUGGUUAUAUCAUGCCUGGCAGGGCUCUUGGCGGUGCAUGUAAACUGUAUGAGCUUCCAACAAAUCUCACCACAUUCUUGCACUCUAAAACCUGGUCGGACCUUUUCGAAGCUUCGACAUCCAUCUGGAAAGGCGAUAACGACAUUACUGCAAUGCGCGCUUAUUACCCUGCUCCUGGUGAGAUGACUCUAAUCAUUCGUCCAUAUGGCGCUGGGCCCACUGUGAAAGAGGAUGUCUCUUUGUGGACAAGGAAUGGAGUACCAUUUGACCGAGUUCGGGCUGCUUUUGAGCAGAUUCAAGAUAGCUCGGCCGUCAAGUAUGUAUUCGACUUCUCCGUAGAAGACACUGAAUACUACCAUACUGAAGGGCUCAUUCAAGAGCUCAGCGAACAGCUACAGCCUUCAGAGAAUGCUGAGCUUUAUCAAGACCGACUAGUCUAUAGGGAGCACGGGAUGGCCGGUACUACCUUACCUAACAGUUCCAAAGGUAACUUAAAUCCGUCUCAAGAAGCCAAACUCACUUACGAUCAACAUUGCUGUUUCAUUCCACUCCAAGCCGAGAAGAUGAUCGCAGCUGUUGGAAAGAGAAAGGGUACCGUCAGCCAGACUUCAGUCAUGAAUAAGAUCUCUGCCCCGAAGCUUGCGAAAGAAGUAUUCAAGUGGGAUCCCGCGAAACGCAUGGGGGCUCCACAUAUUGCAGAGUGGCUUCGUUUGUCUGCCUUCGCGUAUGGUGGAGUCGUGAGCGAAGAAGAGACAGAGGCCUGGAACUCAAGCCAAAUCCAAUUGAACAUGGUGUUUGGCUCCUCUGAAACCAAUUCCGUUAUGUUGAGAGUCGAGAAAGCCUGGCAGGAGUUCUACAAAUUCGAGCAUGAAUUGCGGGCACUCUACAGAGCUGCUGACAAAGAUGCGUCAUUUUCACCUGUGACAGAUUUCUACCCAUUUACCCGCCUCUUCUUCACGAAAGGCGAGAGUCAGGUUGACCUGAAGCUUUUGAAAGACGUCUUUGAGGAUAAGAAGAAAGAGCUCGAACAACAUCUAUCGCUGCACCAACAAGAGCCACCAAAUGCCCCUGUGUCGGAUGCACCUCUGUUUGUAUCACAGUCCAUCAGCAUGGAAGUUAUUGACGAGAAUCCGAACAUUCUUCAGAAUGGUCAUGAUCAGUGGCAGGAUGGCAUUCUGGAAGAAAAUGAGGCGGCUAUGCAAGAAGAGCCUUCCGGACCACUCGAAGUCAACUUUGAUUCCAGACUGCACACCGAGGCCAUUGAAGAUGCUCCCUUUGUAUUGCGCUCACCAAUGGUUGACUCCAAGCUUGAAGAUGAACAGCCUGCUUUUCCUGAAGUCGAAGAGGUCAAUGGUGAUACAUCAGGGCCAAAACCCUCCGCUGAGACUUCUCUUCUGGGGACUCAACCUCCACAAGCCAAUGGGUCUACUUUUCUGGACCUCAACAAUCUAGCGAAUGCGACCCUUGAAGAUCUUGAGGUCAAUCUCAUCAAAUCAGAUGAAUUCAACCGUGUUCAAGCUCUCGAUGACGUCUUUGACCCCAAGGCAUUCGGCCUUCGUAACACAUUGACCAGCUCAGGGAACACUGAUAAUGAAACGGACCAGGCAACGAAUGAGAGCGGUCUCCCUAUGAUGAAUAGAGAACAAAAUUUGGAAGUCAUGGACAAUGAGGCAAAGACGAUUCAUGAGCCAAAGGCUCCGGGCUCGCAAUCACGUCAAACCGAACCUCAGCCUGUCAGCUCAAGCGAGUUCCAGAAUGAACAAAGUACAGAGCUGAAUGGUACGGGACUUAAUGACCCAGUCUUGAUUAUCGGCGGCGUGAUUGUUGAAAAUCCAAAAUUGGUCACAGCAACGGAUACUGGCACGUUCGCUGAUAUACCUGCCUUGAUCCAAUCAGUCGCUAUUCCUGCAACCAGCGAAGCCUUACUACUUGCGCCUCUGACAGAUACCCUGGAAGGAGCGAAGCCCUUUGAGCCACCCACGCUCUUGUUGUCAGCGGUGGAAAGAUCAGACGUCCAGGUUCCUGGACAUUCUUCGACCAGUCUUGAUGAGAUCAAAGCCUCAGCGAUCCAGACUUCAUCACGGGUCGGCACUGCAGCUUUGUCGACGUAUGAGUUGUCCGUCGACGUCAAACAAUUGUUUGGCAUUAACGGGCUUUCAGCGCAGCUGUAUACCCUGCAGUCCAGCGAUCCCACUCUGCCCGUCUUCGAGAGAGUCAAGCCUAAUAUCACCCAACCACCUUUGAACCCCAUCAUUGCCCUCUUUCCUUACAUGCAAGACAAGGUGAUGACGGUAAUCCCAAUUCAGAACUUUGAGCUUAUUUACUCCGAAGAUCGACACGAUUUCUUGCAUGCUCCAGGUUUGAGGAUACAGGCGGAUAUUCUGUUUGAGGGCGCUCUGCAGCCCGUUGCGGAUUCUCUGCAGUAUCUAUUCGGUGAGAAGAAUGUUGCACCUAAGAGUCUUCACGUGACUGCUCACCUAGCUUCGGAGCGCAAUUGGUCGGUCAUGCCAGUAGUCACCACACUUUGCCUGCAGGGCUCUUUUCAGAAUAUUUCCUUUAGAAUUGGUGAAAUCUUGAAAUUCACGUCAAUCGGCGUUGAGGUCUCUGCUACUAAAGUGUCAACUAUUGGCUCUGAGAAUCGCUGGCGAUUCGGGUAUGGCUUCUUUGGUUCCCUCCAGAUACGCGGAUUGAAUGGGGGCGACUUGCCAACUCUCGUUGACUACCGUUUGAGGAAGACUGGGGAUCUCUAUCGAAUGUCAAUGCGGCUUUCCAGCGACGAAUGGCAGAGUGUCUUCGGUAUUGAAGCUCUGACAGUUCGUCAAGUUCAAUUUGAAACCUCUUUCUCAAGCAAAGCUUUCAAAGAAUCACUGAGCAUCCGGAUUUCGGCUUUCAUGACGCUUAGGAAGGCACAAGUGUUUCUUACCGGACAAUACUCAAAAGCGGAGAGCUUUCUACAGGCAGAAAUCGGCAAUUUUUCAUGGGCCGAAGUUCGUGAAUUAUACGCGGAACUGACAGGGCAAUCUGUCCCGGCGGAUACUGGGGGCAAUGACCUUCAUUUCGAAAACUUGUAUCUGCGUAUCUCUAAUAAGGGAAUCGGCCUUGGCGGUAGCGUUACUUUCAAUGGGCAUAGUAGUGCAUAUGCUUUCAUCUCGCUCGAUACCAACGGGCUCCAAAUCAGUGGUGGUAUCAAGGACUUCAUCAUCCCCGACGCAGAUAUACAUAUCAAAGAAGCUGGUCUCGAUAUCUUCGUUGCAUCCAGCUCUCAAGGUACGCCAAGCGCAAAAGCAACGAGGUCUUCCAAAUUCUCCAUCCACGAAUGGUCCUUUUCGGUCAAUGCCUUCAAAAUUGGGCCUCUGGAAGUGAAGUCAGCAAAAGGUGCACCAGACGCUUCCAUGGAAAUUGUGAUGACAUCUGAUGAGCAGAAGUUCUUUGUAGAUGGCAUGAUCAAGCUUUUAGCAUUCGAGGCGAAGAUAUAUCUUAACAUUUCACUUCAGCCAUCGGUCGCCUUCGACAUCGACAUUGAUAUACGCUUUGCAGAGGUUUUCAAGUUCAUUUUGAAAGCCAAGGCUCAAAAUUCGGACCUUAAGGACCUGUCUAAAGCUGAUCUCGAUCUCCGAGCGGAAUUAUCGGGUGAUGUUUUCGGCGCGAUAUGUGACGCCGUCAUUGGUGUUCUUGGAAAGAUCGAAGAACUUGGAGACGAAGGGUUUCAAGCUGUCGACCAGCAAUUGCAAUCUGAGAUCGGCCAAAUGAAUCAGCAAUUGGAAGGAAUGGCGCAAGAGGUUGAGGAGGCCAGGAUCAACACCAACACUGAGCGCGCUCGUCGCGAUCGACUAUUCAAAACCGAGGAGUUGAAGCGACAGAAUGCUCAGAAGGAACUUCAAACUCUAAAGGACAACGUGACAGAAGCAAAAGACAAGCAAGCUGCGGAUUUCGUAGCAGCGAAGGAGAAAUUAAGGCAAGCAGAAACGCAUCGAGAAACGAUGGUCCAGAACAAGAGGGUUGAGUAUGAUGAUAAGCUACGCAACGCCCAGAACGAGCAAUCAAGAGUACAACGGGAGCAUGGAGCGCUGGAACAGCAAAUGCGGGAUAAAUAUGGCCCUAUUCGCAUUAUGCAAGUCAAUCGAGACGGGCAAGUGAGUAAAUUGACGGUUCAGCAAGUCAUCGUGAAUCAGAUAAGACGAGAGUUCGAUCAGCUUGAAAAUGAAUUCAACAGAGCUAAUGUCUUCAAGAAAGCAGCAUUGGUCUUUCCCCUCGGCAUUAAGAAGACGCAACUUGAAGGAGCUAACUUCCUCCUAGAGCAGCUUGGAAACGCAUGGAAUUUCACCAACUCAAAGCUGAACGAUGCAGGGUUCAAGUCGCUUGAUGAAGCACUCGUUCGCGGAGCUGGUACUCUAGGAAAUAUCAACACUGGUCUCCAAAAUCUGCAAACACAAGGUAUCUCCGGAUUCAUUCGCGCAAUACAACAAGACGAAGACCAGAAGGUGGCAGACAGAUUAAGGGAGCUUCGUGUCCACGAGAACGGCCUGCAAAAACACAUCGACGCGAUCAAACAAGCGCAGAGCCUGCUCGACAGUCGACGUCCAGAUCUGGAAUCUAUCAUCGCUCGUGCUGACGAAGCCAUCUUGCGCACGAAAGAAGACCAGGAGCUUUCAGCUCGCCAAGUCCAAUACGAUAACAAAGUAGCCAACGAAGCAAGAGUCAAGCAAGAAGUCGAGCAGCUCCGCGCCAACCUGACUCUAUUGCACAAAGACUUCAAAGGCGCCAUGAAAGACAUGAAAGAUGUGGUGGAGAAGAUCAAGAAUGCCGCCUUCCGCAUCACUAGGAUUGCUGUGCAAGUCAAUGCGCGAGACCUCGCGGACGGGAAACCUAUGAAGUUCGAGAUUGAGGGGAAAGUUGGCGGAGGCAGUGUUGGGCCGUUCACGAUUGAGUGGGCGCCUUUUGAGACGCCGGCAGAUCUUUAUCGGAGGAUUGCUAGGAAGGCGAUCUCGCUUUGA